AUGCCUUCUUCAAUUCCAACGUGCUACCAUGUUUUUCAACCUUGUACUCUAAAUACACCUCUUUUUACAAACAUUGUCACCAAAAUCAACAUUGGUAUCAUCAGUAUCCGACCAGGAAAGAUCAAACUCUCUUUCUCUGCCACUCACCUUUCACCCAUCAAACAGAAAACAACAACUGACCUCAAUUUCGAGGACACGGUCACUAGGUUUCGGAUCAAAGGGCUUGUCCACAGGAUACAAACCUUAUCAUCCUCUAACAACAAAAGUCAGAUGCUACAAAUCCUAGAGAAAGACCCUGAAUUCCAAACUAUAUCGGAUUUCAACCACCUUCUCAUGGCUCUGGUAAUUGCACAACAGCUUGAUAUUUGCCUUAGUAUCUUCACAAAGUUACCGUCCUUCCUACUUGUGCCAGAUUGUUGCACCCAUUCCAUCAUGAUAAGGUGCCAUUGUGAGAAAAACGACAUGGAUGAGGCCAAGAGGGCAUUGGACACUGCGCUGGAAAAAGGGUAUCGACCGGAUGCUGGAACCUUCACCGUUCUCAUAAACUCUCUUUGCAAAAGGGGGAGAGUGAAUAAGGCAAAGGAGGUUUUUGAGGCCAUGGGAAGAGAGGGCUAUAAGGCUAGUGUUCAGGCACAGAAUUGCUUGCUUAAGGGUUUGUCUUAUGUGGGGAAGGUGGAUGAAGCACUUGAGAUGUUAAUGGGUAUGAAGGGAACCUUAUUGGAGCCAGAUGUUUAUUCCUACACUGCUGUGAUGGAUGGGUUGUGCAAAGUGGGUAGGUCAGAUGAAGCAAUGGAGUUGCUCGAUGAAGUUGUUGAAAUGGGGGUGGUGCCCAAUGUGGUCAUGUUUAACACCUUGAUUCAAGGGUAUUCUAAAGAGGGGAGGCCAAUGGAGGGUGCUGCGGUGUUAGAGUUGAUGAACGAGCAUAAGUGUGUUCCUGAUUAUGUUAGUUACAACACUGUGCUACAUGGGUUGUUGAAGUGGAAUGAAGUUCUAGCAGCCCUUGGGGUGUACAGGAAAAUGGUAGGGCUUGAGUUGGAGGCGGAUGUGAGGAUGAUGGGGACUCUGGUGAGGCGUUUGUGUAAGAGAUCGAGGAAGAAAAACAGUCUUCUUCAGGAUGCAGAUGAAUUGUUUGAGAAAAUGAAAGAGAGGGUUUCAGUUGUUGACCAGCGGACACUUGAGGUGAUGGUCCAGGCACUGUGUGUGGGGAAGAGGUUUGAUCAGGCUUUGGCAAGUUUGAAUGAUAUGGUUACAUUAGGAUAUUCUCCCGCGGUAAUCACCUUUGACAAAGUGAUUCAAGGGCUUUGUGCUGGAGGAAGAGUGGAUGAUGCAGUGUCAACUUUGGUCCUUUUGCAUGCAAGUGGAGGAAUUCCCAGUAGAUUUUCUUAUGAUGUGCUAAUCAAAGAACUCAACAAAGAGGGUAGACAGUUUUGUGCUUGUAAUUUGUUUGGUGCUGCACUGAAGCUUGGUGUUGUUCCAAAUAGGGAGCCUAGGCUAAACUUUAUGGGGUGGGAGGAACUGCAAGGUGACUCGGGUGAGUUAUUCAUGUAA